AUGGGCAACAUCUCCUCCCGUGAGGCCGAAAACCUCGUCGACAGCCACAUCCUCCGUCUCGCCCGUUUCAUCGACUCGGUCCUCCGUUCCUUCCAUCGCAAAUUGUCGAACGUCUCGAGCUUCUUUUUCAGCCGCGUGUUUGGAUAUGAUGUGGUCCUCGUCGAUGACAGCUUUUCGGGUGGACUGAUGCGGAAGGACUCGCUCGUGUGCGGGCCGGGCAAUGUGUGUAUUGUGCCGGCGAACCGGUUGGGGCCGAGACAGGAGGAGAAAAGGAGACGAAGUGAGAGGAGGAGGAGAGCCGAGGCGGCCGCGAUGGGAGAGGCGAGGUUGAAGAGCGAAGGAUGGACGCUGGUGAGUAGCGCGCCGAACAGUCCGACGACGGAGACGAGGGAGAAGAGUAUAAGGGAGACGUUGGGAGAGGUGGCGAGGGCCCCGCCUGCAAGGCCUGUGGGGGAGAGGGAGACUGUGGCCGAAAGGGAGAAGGGCAAGCUGUGGGUCAUGGGCAAUGUCGCUGCGUCGAAAAAGGAGUCGACAGCGAUAAAGGAUGGGGUUCCGGCGUCAUCGUCAGGCAUCGACCAGCAGGUUUGGCAGCGCAUGCACGCACAGCGCUCCAACAUCAGACCCGAUUCGACCGUCAUCAAGCGCCGCAUCCAGCCACGGCAGAGUAGCAAGUCUGCACACAGCCUACUGGCCUCCCCUGUUGCAUCUCCAAUUUCUCCAACGCCACAGAUCGAAGCCGUGUCGGAGAAGGACGAGCUGGAGCUGCAUCCUGGCGCGAAAGUGCCCGAAGCAGCACGGGUGUUGCCACCGGGAGCGCUCUCCCUCGGCCCAUCACCGUGGGAGCCAUGCUUCUCCAACCCUUUUACUGUCGAGCACGAGCCACUGCCCACGAUCAAGCUCCCCACUUCGCACCCAUCAAAGCCGAAACUCUCGAUCGAUACGCACUUGCCUGCCACGCCGGCAUUCGUCGUCUCCCCCGUCAGCAUGGAUAGCGAGGACCCGCUGACACCAGCACCUGGACGUCGACCAUCCGCCUCCGCCGCGCCUAGGGUGGGACUGGCACGCCGCUCCUUCGACGCCUCCUCUUUGCGAAGCGUCGACUCGCACCACUCUCCCGCGACUGCGAUCGACGUCAAGUUCCUCGCGACCGCCGCGGUGCACGAGGCCAAGGGAAGACGCGUGUGGAAGGGCGAAGUGAACAAGGCGGCGAUGCAACACUGUUUGUCCCAACAGCACGACGGGCGGCGAUUCAGCUUGGCCUCGCCGACCAGCGGAAAUGCGCUCGCGAGGGUCAAGAGCCAGGAUGGUAAAGGGAGGCGAGGCAGCAGCCCGAAUCUGGCCCCGAUGGAUGGAAGACGAUUUAGCGUUGCGGAUAAGGGGCUUGUGAGGGUCAAGAGUGGGGAGGGAAAGGGGAGGAGAGGAAGCAGCCCAGCGUUGAAUAUGGGCGUUGCUGGUGGGACCGGGUUGCGCGUCGAGAGACCGCUCCACGGCGUCGCUAAGUGA